CUGCUCCUCCUGCUCCUCCUGCUCCUGCUGCUCCUCGGCCGCCCCCGCCGCACGACCCCCGCACCUGGGCUCCCGGGGGCAGCGGGACCGACCCCGUCCCGUCCCGUCCCGUCCGUCCGUCCGUCCGUCCGCCCGCAGCCCAGGUUUGUGAUAAUGAAAUCGAGAAGCUUUUGGUUCUUUCCUGUGCUGUGUGGGGUCUUUCUGUGGCCCACCCUGGGGCAGAUGGAUUCAGACAGGAGCAGACGCCCUCUUUUAGAAGCAAGAAGGCGGCAACAAGAGGAAUCAAGGAGCUUUGAAGUCACCAGAAGAAAAGUUCCCUACGGCCAAGAUGGACUUCAUGCCUCUUGUGAGAAGAAAUAUUGUAGCCGCGGGAGUAAAUGUGCCGUAAAUAAGGUGACUCAGCAGCCCGAGUGCAGAUGCCUGGAUGAUUGCAAGCCCAGUUACAUGCCUGUGUGUGGAUCUGAUGGCAAAUUUUAUGAAAAUCAUUGUGAACUCCAUCGGGCCUCCUGUUUGCAGAGGAAGAAAAUCUACAUUAUCCACAGCAAGGACUGCUUUUUCCGAGGGGACGUGUGUACGAUGGCGGACUUCAGCCGCAUGAAAGGCAUUGUCCUGGAUCUCCAAGCACACCGCCAGCCCCGGAGGGGGACGGAGACGGGUGGGAGGACACUCCAGAAACGUCUCCUGGUCGAAGAUAUGUUUAAGUACGCUGACGUCAACAGCGACGGGCACCUCAGCGGUGCUGAACUGGCUCAGUUAAUGAAGAAGGAGCAUUUAGAGGGUGAUUUCUUGGAUUGUACGCCAGAAGACCUUCUCCGAUUUGAUGAUUAUAACAACGAUGGUUUCCUGACCCUUCAGGAGCUGUACACUGCAUUCCAGGUGGUUGAACUCACCCUUCCGCCUGAGCAGAAAAUCAGUGUGACAACGGUAACAGUUGGGCUGAGCACUGUGCUAACCUGUGCCAUCCGCGGGACGCUGAGGCCGCCCAUUAUCUGGAAACGCAAUGGAAUCUCGCUGAACUUCUUGGAUUUGGAAGAUAUCAAUGAUUUUGGAGAAGAUGAUUCUCUAUACAUCACCAAGGUAACGACUAUUCACAUGGGCAAUUACACCUGUCAUGCCUAUGGCUAUGAGGAGCUGUAUCAGACCCACAUCCUUCAGGUGAAUGUGCCACCCGUCAUUCGAGUUCACCCUGAAACGCAGGCCCAGGAACCAGGAGUCUCUGCAAGUCUGAAAUGUCACGCGGAAGGCAUUCCCGCCCCCAGAAUUUCUUGGCUAAAAAACGGCAUGGGCAUCAUACCGAAAUUGUCCAAGCAGCUGACACUUUUAGCCAAUGGGAGCGAACUGCACAUCCGCAGCGUCCGCUAUGAAGACACCGGCGCCUAUACCUGUAUUGCUAAAAAUGAGGUGGGGGUGGACGAGGACAUUUCUUCUCUCUUUAUUGAAGACUCGGCCAGAAAGACCCUGGCAAACAUACUGUGGCGAGAGGAAGGCCUCAGUGUGGGGAACAUGUUCUAUGUCUUUUCCGAUGAUGGAAUCACUAUCAUACAGCCCAAUGAGUGUGAGAUCAGAAGACACAUCAAACCGAACGAGAAGAUUUUUACCAGCUUUGAAGAAAUCUGCCCCAAGACAGAAGGCAUGACCAUUCAGUCCUGCUGCUGGGCCUCUGCUGUCAACGUCCGAAAUAAGUUCAUCUACGUGACCCAACCAAGACAGAGCCGAGUCCUGGUCAUAGAUGUCCAAACACAGAAAGUCAUGCAGUCCAUAGGUGUGGAUCCUCUACCAACUAAACUGCAUUAUGACAAAUCACAUGACCAAGUCUGGGUCCUGAGCUGGGGCGAUAUGAACAAAUCUCAUCCAAGCCUACAGGUGAUAUCAGAAGCAAGUACGGGAGAAAAUCAGCACAUUAUCCGAACACCAUUUGAAGGCGUGGAUGACUUCUUUAUUCCACCAACAAAUCUGAUCAUCAAUCAUGUAAGGUUCGGCUUCCUCUUCGACAGAGUGAAGUCUGCUGUUCACAAAAUUGACCUAGAGACGGUGACCCGCCUCAAGACCAUCAGCUUCAAGAACUCCAGCUGCGUUCCCUGGGCCAUGGCCCACAGCCAUUUGGGUGGCUACUUCUUUGUCCGCUGCGGAAGCAAUGACUCAGCGCCGGCCCCGCCGCAGCUCGUGAUAGACAGCGUCACCGAUGCCGUCGUCGGCCCAAACGGGGAUGUGGCAGGCGUGCCCUACGUCUCCCCCGACGGGCGUUUUGUGGUCAGCGUAGAUGAGGAUGGGGGUAGGCUGCGCGUCCAGACCCUGACGGUCCAAGGAGAAAUCCAGACGCUUUAUGACCUAACCACGGGUUUCCACCUCUCUGGCCUAACCUUUCAACCCUCUUUCACCGAAGGCGAUCAGUAUUACCUUUAUGCUGCAUCCCGCUCUCAGACGGAUGUGCUUUUCGUAGAGCUCUCGUCCGGGAGGAUGAAUGUCCUGAAGAACCUCAAGGACCCUCUGCCGGCGGAAGACUGGCCUUGGGACCGGGUCAACCGAAUCAUGCGAGACAGCGGCCUUUUUGGGCAGUACCUGAUCACACCUGCGAAGGAGUCCCUGUUUGUCAUCAACGGGAGGCAGAAUGCAUUGCGCUGUGAGGUCUCGGGUAUCAAGAGGGGAAACACGGUGGUUUGGGUGGGAGAGGUAUGAGGGGGCCGGGAAGCGGUGGCACCUUCCAACACACAGUCACGGUCGGACCUUUCCACUGCAGCAGACAAGCAGUAGUAUUGUAUAUUUUUACAUGGAAAAACAAAAAACAAACCCUGUAUAAGCUUUGUGGUGCAACACUGGUCUACUUGCAAGUUUUAUAGUCUAAAGUACGCUCUGCUAAUGAGAAUGGGGCUGCAUAGGGAGAAUUUUUUGUUGUUGCUGUAAGGAAGUCUGAUUUCUGCCUUGGGCUGUGAAGAGAGAGCAUGGUGGGGGUAGAGCUAAGGGAAUUGAUUUGUGCCCUGAGGAACAAGCCACAACCUUGAUGAGACUGGAGAACAGGACAAUGCCACACAUCAGGGGUGGUGACCCAGCCUUUAGGGUUGUGAAAGAAGUGGCAGAAGCAGUUAGAAGUUGACCCGGCUCAUCUGAUUACCAGAUGGGUCCACUUGGCGCUGGGAUGAACAUCAGACCCAAAGGCUGAAAUAUUUACUCCUUUUUGGUUAUUGUCCUUUUUUGCGUUUUUUAAAUUUGGGGGGAGGGAGGGGAGUGUCAGCCUCAGAGUCAACAUUUUGCCUUGCUUCUCGUAUCUGGCGUGGAGGAUGGGAUUGGGUGGGGGAGGGAGAAAGUUUUAUUUUGAAGACUUACAG